AUGUCUAAAUGGCAUGGCGAAGGCGACAGUCCUGUUUCAUUCGAUGGGAAUUUGGAAUUUCGAAAUGUUCACUUCAGAUAUCCGUCACGAAAGGAAAAACAAAUAUUGGAAGACCUAAACCUAAGAGUUGAAAGCGGUCAGUCGGUGGCGUUCGUCGGUCAUAGUGGUUGUGGAAAUGGAAAUGAUGUUCGUACAUUGAAUAUUGAAGCGUACAGGAAACAAUUUGGUAUUGUUCAGCAAGAACCAGUUUUGUUCGAUAUGUCAGUUGAAGAGAAUAUUCGGCUAGGAAAACUGGAUGCUACAGACGAUGAAGUAGUGCAAGCAGCAACCUUAGCAAAUGCACAUGAUUUUAUUAUGCAACUCAAGGAUAAUUAUAAAGCCGUCUGCAACGACAAAUUAAGCGGCGGUCAAAAGCAACGUAUUUGCAUUGCAAGAGCCAUUGUUUCAAACCCCAAAAUAUUACUACUAGACGAAGCCACAUCUUCGCUGGAUAAUAUAAGCGAAAAACUUGUUCAAAAUGCUCUCAAUAAGGCACAAAAGGGUCGGACAACACUUCUUAUUGCACAUCGUUUAUCGACGAUAAGAAAUGCUGAUAAAAUAGUUGUGUUUGAUAAAGGAAAAAUUGUUGAAUCCGGCAGUCACGAUGAAUUGAUUGAAAAAAGAAGUUUUUAUUACAAUUUAGUCCAACUUCAAAGCGAUAAUGCCCUCGACGUAGAACAGAAAGCCUACUAUGUUGCAAGAAAUCUGAGAUGGUCGACUGAGCACGUUGGUCGUGGCUUAUCUUUAAUGGCUUAUAAGUCAUUUCAAUCUGCUACUGAAGAAGGGGUAGAGUAUACGACGAAACGUUACAUAAAUACGAAAUCAGAGGUGGGCAAGUCCGACCAUUUUCAACUACAAUUAGACUUAAAAAUAGUUGUGAGAUCAACUAAAACGGUUGGCUCAUUUUUUCAACUGGGAGAUAAUAUUUUUAAUUCACUCAAAGAUAAUUCACUUCAGUUUAUAUUAUCAAAUGUAACAAUUGUGACAGUUGUACGUUGGAAAAACUACGAAAUACUUGUGCAAAAGACUAAAUGAACAUGGUGCACCACAAAGUAUUAUUAAAUCUAGUUCCUCGCUGAGUGAUGUCUAUUUCUCGCAUGCACAAAGCCUUUCUUGGUCAACUAAAAUAACUAGAAUUAAAGCAAGAGCCUCACCUUAUCUGAACAAUUUUGAGCCACAAACCAAAAUUAAAUGAUACUGUACGUUCGAUCCUUCUAUUCAUUUUCUUGAAGGUAUCUCUAAAACAUUGACACAAGAUCAAGAAGACAGAAUAAAAUGAAGUAUAAAACGAAUGAGGUUCUAUUUCUUUUUUUUAUACCGCUCUUGUUUAUUAAGAAAAGAUAGUUAGAACAAAUUUUGACCAACGUAAUCUAGCAGAUCAAGGUCUAGGGUGCAGAGUGAACUAAACAUUGUAACGAAAAACAAACAUAAAUACAGAAAUACAGAUUGUAGUUGUUGAAUACAGUAGCAAUACAGAUAGUCUUUAUUUCUUUAUUUUUCUUUUUGGCUUGUAUUAAUUCCAUCAAAGAUAUGUACAUCUAACUUCUCUAAAGCACAUAUAAGGUAUUUCUACCUCUUUCUUUUCGCUAUUCUUAUCCAGAAAUAGAUGGUAUAAUAUUUCAUAACUGUUUGUUCAUAUAAUAGCUUUACAUAUUGCACAUAAAGUCAUAUGUUCAGCUCUAACCGUAUUUAAUAUAUCUCUGUCAUGUAUACAAGCUUCAUCUUGAAAAUCAGAAUUUCAUUUUCGAAACGUCGGCUUAAUUUCAAUAAAUAAGAAUAACGCACACUUCAAACAACCCACUGUUAGUGCAAGGGGGAAAAAGCGGACUCCUGGACUCCCAUGGACUCCUAUGGACUCCUAUGAACUCCUGGACUCCCAUGGACUCCUAUGGACUCCUAUGAACUCCUGGACUCCCAUGGACUCCUGAAGUCCAGGAGUCCAAGAGCAAAGUGUCCUUUUUUGGGAAUCACUUCCCAAAAAAGAACAAAAGUGUCCAAUUUUUGGGCAGUGAUUCCCAAAAAAGAACACUUAGCUCUUGGACUCCUAGACUUCAGGAGUCCAUGGGAGUCCAGGAGUCCGCUUUUUCCCCCUUGUGUUAGUGUCACCUACACUCUAUGAAAAAGAGCACAAACUUCGUAAGAUUCUGAUCCACUACUGAUAGCUAAGAAAUCUCACAUUCAGAUUUUUGAAAAAAAGAUUAGAAUAAUGGCGCCACAGUGAACACGGAGAAGAUUAUUGUCUGACAUAUAGAAAUAAUUCAUACGAUGACAUCUAUUUUCUGAUCUAAAUACAGUCUUAUAACUGAAGAAACACGAAGGUCAUUCAGUAUUGCUAAGACGUUGGACAUUCCAUAAACGAGGGCAUAAUGAGAUCGACCUUUAUCUACAUGCUUUCAACAAGAUUAUAAGAAGCGAAAAUGAAAUGGUUCUAAGACUUAUUUCACGACAGUAUUUGUUACAGCUACGGACAAGGUCUUAAAAAUUUCACAUUGUAGCCUUAUUUCUUUACAGCCGUGGCAACACCUUAUUCUUCAACAGUGUCUUCUGAGGAGGAAAAGCAAAAUAUUCAAGACGUUAAUAAAGGUCGAUCUAAGCGUGAAAAAUUUAGAAAUUUCUUGCUAAUAUUCAAAAUAUUUCAAUUGAAUCAACCAGAAUGGCCAUAUGUUUUAAUUGGACUGGUAUCAGCGUGUAUAAGUGGACUUGAAUUACCUGCGACUGCCUACAUUAUGGUACAGUUAUAUUCGAUCCUAAUUUCUCCACAUGCACAGUAUUAUCUGAAUUUUAUGACGAUUAUGUUACUCAUUGUUGGUAUUGGAGGCUCACUAUUUCAGCUUUUUGUUAGCCUUAGUUUUACAAAAUCUGGAAGUGAAUUAACACUGCGAAUUCGAUCAAUGAGUUUCAAAGCGAUCUUACGCCAAGAAAUCGCUU